AUGUCCAAUAAAUUCACAUUGGAUUUCAAGGAUAGUUUAAGCAAACAGAAUGCAGCUGACCAGCUGAACGGCUAUGAGGUAAAACUUGCCAAACCAUUCUAUGACUACGACAUGAUGCGAAUGACGGUGUUAAUGGUUGUUAAUUUUUUUUUUCUAUUAUUUUCAUAUGGGUGCACAAAAUUCUUGUGUAUUCCAUUUUUUGAUAUCAAUAUUGUGAUGAUCCACAGGGAGCAGCCUCUCUUCAGUGCAAAGGCGCAUGUCUUUCAGAUUGAUCCGGCCACUAAACGAAACUGGAUUCCUGCCAGCAAGCAUGGCCUCACUGUCUCUUUCUACUAUGAUGCCAGCAGAAGUGUGUACCGCAUUAUCAGUGUAGGAAGCACCAAGGCAGUUAUAAACAGUACAGUGACACCCAACAUGACCUUCACCAAGACCUCACAGAAAUUUGGCCAGUGGGCAGACAGCAGGGCCAACACAGUGUAUGGCUUAGGCUUUUCUACAGAGCAGCAGCUUCAACAGUUCGCCGAACAGUUUAAAGAAGUGAAAGAAGCAGCACGUCUUGUGAGAGAGAAAUCUCAAGAGAAGUUUGAGCUUAUUAGUCCUGAUCUAAACAUUGCUGCACCUCAGGCCCUGUCUGAAGAUUGCCACUCUCCACCAUCACCCCUGUCUAUAAACGGCCCUGAAGAGGACAAGCAAUUUCACAGCAGGAGCGCUGAUAUGGAGUCCAUCUCAGAGAAACAGCAUGUUAUGAAGAUGCACUUAAAAGGAUCAGUAUGUGAGGAAAACAUGGAGACAGAGUUGAAUACUCUAAGGGAGAGCAACGCUCAACUUGUAGCAGCACUUCAUGAAGCCAACAGCAGCAUCGAACAGUGGAAAAAGCAGCUAACCGAGUAUCAGCAGGAAACGGACAGACUUCGAGAGCAGGUAGCAGAGCUAGAAGAACAGAGUGGAUAUUCUGCUUCUUCUGAAAACAGUAAAGAGGAACUCUGCCAGUCUGUAAAAGAAAUGGAGGCUCUUAUAAUGGUUAAAGAUAAAGACAUUACCCAGCUACACUGUGGACAGUCUGAUUUUGGAGAGCUGCAAAAAGAAAGGGAGGAGAUUAUUAGAAGAAUGCAUGAGCUAGAGGAGAGGAACAACGAGCUAGAGCAGCAGGUGCAGAAAGCCGAGCAAAAUUUGGCUUUUUCAAUGGAUGCUCAGCAGCAGGCAGAGAGUGAGGUGCGGAAAGUUAUUGAAGUACUAGACGUCAAGAUUUUGGACUUGAACAACUUGCGACAGAGUCUGGCCAAACUUGUAGAUAACUAACAGUCACCACAGUGAAAUGACUGAUAAAGCAUCAAGCAGUGAAUGGCACGAUUUCUAAAGAAAGCAUUAAAAAGAAACGCCACUCUUCAGCAUGUAUCAAUGAACGUUUGGGCUCACAGCAAUAUAUUUGACUGUACUGGCGGUUUCACUUUCUGACUUAUUUGUGUUUACUUGCAAGUGCAAAAACUGGUAUGUUUUGGGAGAAAGAAGGAAGCCACAGUACCUGAGGGAAUGCCUUAUGGACAGUAACCUGAGACAAGAAUUUAAUCCAGGACCUUGUAGCUGUGCAUAAUCAACACUAACUACUGUGCCACCAUUCUGCCCUUUAACUUGCACUUAAUUCACUGAAGUAACACAGUUGCAUGGCAGACCUGGGAGUUUUACAUUUUUAGCUCAUAGUCUAAUGGUUUUGGCCUCAUCAUUCUUCCUGUUUUGCUUUUGAUAAACAAACCUUUAAGGGUUUUCAGAUGUGUGUGUGUGUGGUUGGGGGUUGUUCUGAUUUGUUUAUGUGUGCACCUAAGCUUUAGAAGCACAAUGGAAUUAAAUAAAGAUCAGAAAUAAAAAGUUCAAAUGUUUUAAUUGACAUAAUUAUACCAGUAUGAUUUUGUUAGAGAUUAUU